AUGCGCAAUCGAGCGACCACACCGCUCAAGGUGAAGAAAACCUUCCUCGGCGAACUGAGAAUUCGGCAGUCAUGGAGCAAAUAUAAUCUCUACAACCUGUCUCGACUAGCCAAACCCAGGGAGAGAGGGAGGAAUCUCUUCCAGGUGAAAUGGACGGCCAAAUCGAUAGCACGAAACUACCAUGGCGAGCAGGUCCGGGAAAAACAGUGGGUGCGGAUGUUCGAUACACGGAUCCGAUCGGUCAUUCCCAUGGAUGCGAAAUACCUCGCCUCCAAUGAUGGUACCCUCGAAUCGGCUGGGCGAGGGUCGGGACUGGACAGUAGGGAGUCGCUAAGGCGGAAGCCGAAGGCGGAUCCGUCCAUCCCCUACAUGCAGAUGACAUUUGCGCCGCUGGAGAGAAGGCUAGAUACGGCCAUUUUCAGGGCCAUGUUCGCAAGCAGUGCUCGGCAAGCCCGACAGUUUGUGGUGCACGGUGCGGUCAAGGUUAACGGCAAAGAGAUGCGAUAUCCAGGCUAUCUCCUCAAUCCCGGAGACAUGUUCCAUGUGCAGCCAGAAAGAGUCAUGUUUGCCACCGGCGCGCCCAAACCCUCGGCCAAGCUCGAAGCCGCCACCGAAGACGCGGAUGGUGAAGAAAAUACUGCGGAAGAAAAGGAGGGCGACACCGCAGACGAGGAGGUAGUUGAAGAUCAGGCCACAGACGAUGUUGAGGUAGAACGAGAUCCUAGGGAGGUGCUGAAAGAUCUCAAAGCGCAGGCCAAGACCAUUCUCGCCUCCACGAAACAAGAUCUCGGAGCGAAGCGAAAGCAGGACCUGAGGGCGUUUUCGAAGACCAUCCAACGGCUACUGUCCCGGUCAAAGUCUUCUACCAUCUUGACCGACAGCAUAGAGGCGCAAUUUGCAGAGAUACAACAUCAGCUGCAGAUUCGAAGGCAGAACCAGGAAGCCGGCACGUCAUCUCUCCCAUCCGCCCAAGACGAGGCGCGGGCCUCUGCUGAUGAUGGAGUGGAACCCUCGACACCGGCUGAGAAGGGCGAAGCUUCUACAGAAGCUGGCCACGAGGAGAACAGCAUCACGGAUGGCGAGUACAACGAGCUCCUCGCAGCGCUGCAGUCAAUGCACGAGAACCCGGUGGACGACUCAAAGCCGUACGCAACUCCUUGGAUGCCCCGCGACUACAUGAGCGCGUUCGCGUUCAUUCCUCGGUAUCUCGAGGUGAACCACAAGAUCUGUGCAGCAGUGUAUCUGAGACAUCCUGUGGCUAGGCCAGGCUUGGCCGAGGUUCCGAGCCCGUUCUCCGACCUGGUACAAGCCCCUGCCUUUGGAUGGUACUUGAGGCGGAGAUGA